CCGGAACCGGAACCGGGACCGGGACCGCGGCCAUGGCCCAGCUCCGCCUCACCGACUUCUUCGGCCAGACCAAAGGGACCACCGGAGCCCCGGCCAAGCGCAGCGGCGGCCGCCCGCUCAAGGCCGCCCUCGCCGGUGCCCCGGUGCACCGGGAGGAGGAGGAUGGUGUCCCGGCGGGGCUCAGCGGGCGCUCGCUGCCGCUGCCCGGCUCGCCGCGCACCCCGGCCCGCGGGGGCUCCCCGGCGCUGCGGGGCCUGGCGGGCAGGAAACGGAACCGGCGGGAGAUGGAAGCGGGGUCGCCGCUCGGGGCCCGGUUCGGGGAACCGAGCGGGAAGUCGGCGCGGAAGAGGCUGGAGCUGCCCCCGGAUGCGGAGCCGGGGUCGCCGGGAGCGGCCACCAGCUCCUCGCCUCUGGCCACUCCUCGACCCCCGACACCGCUGUCACAGGAGCCGGCCGUGUCCCCCCCGGCCAGCACCAGCGGCUCCCCGGGCCGUGGGCAGGACACGGGGACAGAGCCCGGCCCAGGAUCCCCGGGACCGGCCCGGCGCCUGCAGCGGGAGGACGUGGCCGAGCUGCAGGGCCGCCUGCAGAGGAUGAAGGUGAUGAAGGUGCCGGGCCAGGUGCCCUCUGUCCCCAGCGGGACCAGCAGUGACCUGCGGAGCCGGCUGGAGCGGGUGCGGCAGCUGGAGCAGCGCGUCCGGCAGAGGAGAGCGGCCACCGCGCCUGGGGACACCAAGGACACUGGGGUGGCGGCUCCAGAGGGAGAGACCGGGCAGAAGCUCCCGGCGUACCAGCGGUUCCACACGCUGGCCCAGGAGCUGCCCCCGGGGCUGACGCUGCCCUACAAGUUCCGGGUGCUGGCAGAGAUGUUCCGCAGCGUGGACACCAUCGCCGGGAUGCUCUUCAACCGUGCCGAGACCGUCACCUUCGCCAAGGUCAAGCAGGGCGUGCAGGACAUGAUGCGCAGGCAGUUUGAAGAGCAGCACCUGGGGCAGAUCAAGGCUGUGUAUCCCAGCUCGUACCGGCUGCGCCAGGAGAAGAACGUCCCCUCCUUCGGCAGCGGUGGGAAGAAGAAGUCUGAGUAUCAGCUCACGCUGGAGCCAGUCCUGGGGGAAGAGGAGAAGGUGGAUGGGCGCCCGCACCUGUCGGCGUCGCGGCUGCUGGAGCGCAGGAGGGAAUUCCACCGCAACCUGGUCAACAUCGUCAGGGAGCACCACAAGGCAUUCCUGGCUGCCCUCAGCCCGCCCAUGGUGGUGCCAGAGGAGAAGCUGACCCGGUGGCAUCCCCGUUUCAACGUGGACGAGGUGCCGGACAUCAGCCCCGCGGAGCUGCCGCGGCCGCCGCAGGAGGAGAGGCUGAGCACGGCUCAGGAGGUGCUGAGCACGGCCCGGGGCAUGCUGAGCCCCAAGAUGGAAAAAGCUCUUGCCAACCUGGCCCUCAGAACGGCCGAAUCCAGCGCGGGGGAGCCGGCACUUUCCAAAGCCCCAAGCCCUGCCAGCACCUCCAGUGCGCUCAGAGGGGUGUCCCAGGGGCUGCUGGAGCGGGUGCGGGCGAAGGAGGCGGCGCGGCUGGCGGCGCUGCUGACGCGGGACGCGGGGCAGGAGCAGCGGGCGGCGCGGCUGGCACGGCUGCCGGCCCUGGCGCGCCUCCUGCGCGGCGCCUUCGUGGCCGAGAAGAAGGCGGCGCUCAGCAUGGAGCUGCUCUGCGCCCGCCUGGCCGACAGCUGCCCCGAGCUGGUGGCACCAGGUGAGAUGGAGGAACAUGUGCGGCUCUUCGCUGAGCUCCUGCCAGACUGGGUGGGCAUCCACAACCUCAGGACGGACGUCUACGUCAAGCUGGACAAAGAGAAGGACCUGGGCCUCGUCACUGAGAGGCUCAACAAGGCGGCCAAGGAGGCUGGAGCCCUCUGAGCCCCCCUCGGGGUUGGGGUUUUUCUGUGCAAUCUCCUGGAAUGUAGCAAAUCCCGACAGUGCUCUGGGUUCUGGGCUGGGCUGGAGGGAGGCUCGUCCUUGGGUGUCUGAGGAAGGGCAAAAUGUCUUAAUUUAACUGAUCCUGUGGUGGGAGCUGUGAGGAGUGUAGGUCCCCUAGUCCUGGAGCAAUCCUGGGGUGGUGAUGAAUGCAACCCUCACCUGAGGAACCUUUUCUUCUCCCUUUCCUGGUUCUCCUGAAGGUUCAACGCAUGAGGGGUCUCCUGAAGGUCCAAUUUCAGAGGUUUCUUCCAUUAACUGGGUCCUGGUGGGGUGAAGGCAGAGCAGGGCAGGCUGAGAGGGUGACAGGCAGGGAGGAGUGAGAGAAAAAGUCACAAAUUGAUGUUUCUGGAGCUUUGGGCCUCGUUCUGUUUUUAAGGGAGGGAAAACGCAUCUUCCAGUCCUCACUGGAAACAACUGCAGGACUUGUC